AUGGCCUGUCUGAUGGAUGCCUGGUUCGUCCACAACCCCACCGUCACCAACGCCAUCAUCAUGGUGAGUACUCACAACACACUGGGGACAUACUGGACAAAUACUGGACAAAUACUGGACAAAUACUGGGGACAAACUGGACAAAUACUGGACAAAUACUGUGGUCUGGACAUCUCGUCCUGUUUCCAGGUGGUGUGUCUGCUCAAAGCUCUCGCUCAGGGAGGAAGAACUGUCAUCUGCACCAUCCACCAACCUAGCGCCAAGCUGUUCGAACUGUUCGACAAGCUGUACGUGCUGAGUCAGGGUCAGUGCAACUACAGGGGGAAAGUCUGCAGUCUUGUUCCCUACCUGAGAGAGCUCGGACUCAACUGCCCCACCUACCACAACCCUGCAGACUUCGUGAUGGAGGUGGCGUCGGGACAAUACGGAGAUCAGACGGUCCGGCUGGUGAAAGCCGUGCAGGAGAGAAAGUGUGAGAGAGAUUAUCAGACGGAGCUGAACGGAGACAUAAACCUCCACCCACUCCUGUGGCAGCGCACAGAGGAGGAGAGUGCUUCGUCUGAAGGUUGUCACAGUUUCUCAGCCAGCUGUGUGACUCAGUUCUCCAUCCUCUUCAAAAGAACCUUCCUCAGCAUCCUCAGAGACUCGGUGCUGACUCACCUGAGGAUCUCCUCUCACAUCGGGAUCGACGUCCUGAUUGGUCUGUUGUACCUCGGCAUUGGGAAUGAGGCCAAAAAAGUUCUCAGUAACUCCGGGUUCCUCUUCUUCUCCAUGUUGUUCCUGAUGUUCGCUGCUCUGAUGCCCACAGUGCUCACAUGUGAGUCCCAACAUCACGUCAUGUGUUUACUCAAGCACUGCAGUCGGAGGUACUUGAACUUCACGUGAUUACUUUCU